UAGACGAGCGGACUGCCGACGCUAGUCUCUUCAGGGAUGCCCGCACAUGCCGUUAGUAUAGAUGUCAGGGACGUAAAGAGGAAUUUUCAAGAAUACGUUUCAAGCAUAGAUGUUUCAUAAUUUUACAUUUAGGACAAUAUCAGCUUCUUAUGACAAAACGGAUAUAUUGCCGAGAAGACGAGACACGUCUUGCCAUUGCUGUUGAAGUGUGAGAUAUUUCAUAUAGAAUAAAGGCUAUGCCCUUCAGAAUUAUUCCCAGGGCAAACGCACAAGAAAUCCGUAUUUAGUAGGUUGGUCUUCACAAAACGUCGCACCCUGGCUACGCUACAGAAUGGGAACUUACGACCCUUCGGGCAGAGAUCUGCUCGGAAAUAAAUCUAUUUGUUUUAUGUUCAUUUGUGUUUUUGGAUUGGUCUCUCUGUUACAGCAGAUUCUUUACGGAAAAACCAACAUUAAACGGUAUUUUGAGCCACAUGACAGCCCUUAUGAAUUCAACUGCACCACGUGCAAGAAACUCAGGCAGGAUAUUAUGGGCGUGAAGGUCCUCUCCAUGAUCAAGACAACCGAUCUCUUUGAUCGAUGGAGGAGCCUGCAAAUGUGCAGAUGGGAACAGAGUAAGUCCGAAGCCAAUGCCUUCAGAAAUUUACUGUCCCGCUGCUGCAACGCUCCCUCGUUCCUCUUCACCACCAAGAAGAACACGCCCUCCGGGACCAAACUGAGAUACGAGGUGGACACCAGCAGCACCCUGCCCAUCACCUCAGAGAUUUUCAAGAUGUUCCCAAACGACAUGCCACACACCAGGUCCCAGUUCAGGAAAUGCGCAGUGGUCGGCAAUGGAGGAAUCAUCAAGAAUAGCAAGUGUGGGAAAGAGAUUGAUUCUGCAGAUUUCGUAUUUAGGUGUAACAUUCCUCCCAUCUCUGAAAAGUAUGUUGUGGAUGUGGGUUCCAAGACCGAUAUGGUGACUGUAAAUCCGAGUAUUAUCAUAGAAAGAUUCCAGAAGCUGGAGAGGUGGAGGAAGCCCUUCUUCCAGGUGCUCCAGACCUACAAGAACAGCUCGGUGGUGCUGCCGGCCUUCUACAACACGCACAACACCGACGUCUCCUUCCGCGUCAAGUACAUGAUGGACGACUUCGGCUCGCGCAGGGACGUGUACUUCUUCAACCCGCAGUACCUGCUGAGCGUGCAGCGUUUCUGGGCCCUGCAGGGCGUGCGGGCCAAGAGGCUGACCAGCGGCGUCAUGCUGGCCUCCGCCGCCCUGGAGCUCUGCGAGGAGGUGCACCUCUAUGGCUUCUGGGCCUUCUCCAUGAACCCUUCCGGAAUCUUCAUCAUGCACCAUUACUACGACAACAUCAAGCCCCGGCCGGGGUUCCACGCCAUGCCCAGCGAGAUCUUCACCUUCCUGCACCUCCACAGCAGAGGGAUCCUGAACGUCCACACCAACCCCUGCAGGUGAUGGCCGUCGCCAGACGGCCGCUGACUCGGGAAUUCAUUUUGGAUCUGUUCAGAUCUGUUGUGAUUUAGGUUCAACCGAGAUGUUUUGAUUUGACGUGCGUUUGUUUUGGGGGGGGUUUUGGAACGAAUGUGUUUUUUUGCACAGCUUCCAAAGAAAGGGAAAAGGGGUUCCUUUGGUAAAGUUUCACCUGUUCACCUGUAUUUUAUGUUGAUGGUAGCAUAGGUUUGUAAAAACCUAUGUUUCCUGUACAAAAAGCAAUAAAACAAUGGCACAUUCUUGUUAUAUAACUGUGUUAUGCAUUACAACCGGAAUGCUGCUUUUGUGAUAUGUCUACUAUCAAUGCUUAUUGACAACUUUUGAUAAUUUACUCCUGGAGGUAUUCUGUUCAUAUUUCUUUUAUUUGUUUAAUUAAAAUUAAUAAUUUGCAAUCACAUAUGAAAUAUUCUGUUUUUAAAUAAUGUGUAAACACCAUGGCAAUGCAAGAACUUAGUAAGUUAAAGCUUCAUUCAUUCACCAUUUGAGCAUAAUAUAUCACAUGUAUAUAGUAGCAAUAUCUUGUAUCUCCAGAUAACUAGGUAAUAUGGGUAGAAAAGCUAUACCUACAGCUAUUGCUGUAGUAAUAUCUUUUCACCAAUAUGAAAACAUAAAGCAAUUUUAUUAUUUAUAAUUAAUGUAAUAUGACACUAAAAUUAGGUAUAUACAGUAUAAAAACAUUAUCUAGCUACUUGCUGUCAGUCUCUCAGCUUCAGUCUUGUUCUUCAAGGUGCUUGUUAAUAAACCUGUGGAUUCUUUAGUAAUUUUCUCUAAUGUCCAUAACUGGCAGCUUUGCUGGAUAUUCCCAGAUGACCACUGACUGUAGCUAGGUAGCGCACAUGAUGUUUCUGUGUUUAUCCAAAAGCAAAGAUGCAUCUUUCUUUUGAAAUUGGAAGUAGAACUUCUGGAAUAAAAUUCUGUAAUGAUUGUAUUGUCGUAAAUAAGCGGGGUCAAGCUAACACUUACAGAGAAUAAUAGGCCUAGAUGGGUCAGCUACAUUACAGUGGUUUGAGUGUCACCAACUGAACAUGUGUCUACAGAAAACAUACUGACACGAGAGAAACGGCCAUGCCUCCUCUAUUUAAGGUAGAUAAAAAUCAUGCAUUGCAAAAGCAGUUCCAAAUUCUACGGGGAAAUGUGGAAUUCUGGCGGGAAAAUUAAUUUGCCGAAAAUCUGCAACCUGCAAUGACACAGAAUUCAACCAGGAGUAAUCUGUUUCUGUGACUAGUGAUUAGUCUUCUGUUGCCAAGAAAUUGUAUCAAAAUGCAUAUUCUAACUGUCAUUUUGUUAUGUGAUAAACAGUAGAAAUAUGUUCCUGAUGAAUUGUUGAACAAUUGUUUUACGUGCACUUUCUGUGUGGAGAGGUAACUGGAGAAGAGUAGAUUUCUGGUUGAAUAGUUAUGCUCUCAGGUGUUCUCCUGUAAUUCAGUGAGUUAUAGGUAAGAGAUGAUCAUUCCACAAAGUUUGCUUAUUUUUUUAAUGUAUUUAUUUAUACUAAUUUCAUGAACAGGAAUGUUUUGGUCCCUAAAACAGUUGUGCCAACAUACAGUAUGUAUAUUUGUCUGUUUAUUCAUCAAGUAUAUGAAGUAUAUCAAGUCUGUAUGUUUAUAUGCUGUUUAUAAAACAUAUGCAAAUAGCCUGGAUGUGCUUUGGUAAUUGAACUACUGCCUAUUUGUUGCAUCUGCCAAAUAAACAUCUUGGUUAUUCUACAGAAAUAUAAUAUCUCCAAAUAAAAUAAUUUUUUACAAGAUAUGUUACAUUCUUUUCUAUUCAAUUAUUUUAAUAAUUAAUUUUCGAAUACUGUUUAACUUUGUUUUAAAAAUAAAGUGCAGUGUAUCAUC